AUGACUUCUACCAUCGCAUUCCCGGGAGUCCUUUCCUCUCCUUCCUCCUCUAAUUCCCCCUUUUUAACCUUGCAAUCAAAUCACAAUGUAUUCUUAAGCUUUCGAGGAGAUGAUACUCGCAAUAAUUUUACUGUUGAUCUUUACCAAGCUUUUGUUCGAAAUGGAAUCAACACUUUUAAAGAUGACAAGGAGCUGAGAAAAGGUGAAGAAAUUUUACCGGCACUUUUAAAGGCCAUUGAAGAGUCAAAGGUUUCGAACAUUAUAUUUUCUGAAAACUAUGCAUCAUCUACGUGGUGUUUGGAUGAGCUGUUGAAAAUCCUAAGAUGUAAAGAAUCAAAGCAACAGAAGGUUUCUAGCCGUUUAUUACAAAGUCGAGCCAUCGAUAGUACGACACCAAAAUGGAAGUUUUAA